AUGAAGCUCUGCUAGCAUAAUUAAUCUCAGAUAUUUUUGAUUCUUAUUUUUGGAUCAAUUAUUUAUUGCUCAAGUUUAAGUAACUAUAAAGAAAGCGAACAAUAGCUCCAAUCUGGAUAAUGCUAAGAGGAAAAUAUAUUACAGGAAAAAUAAAAUUAAAAGGAAGAAUAUGGCCUUCGUCCACUUUAAACUUAUAAAUAUCUUUAAUAAAAUCAGCAAAAACUUAAUAUUUAGAUUUAAUAUAAUACUCAGAUUCAGUCCAUUAAUUAAGGCGAAAGCAUAGAAGUCUAUAACAAUUAUAAACUUUCUAAAUAAUUUGAUUAGAGUUUAUGGAAUAGGUAAUGCUGCUCACGUCCUGAUAAUUUGUACAAUUAUAACUUUGAAAGUAAUGAAAAUCCAGGAUUAAUAAUAUAAAAUCUUCAUCAAAAUACUGAUAUUAUAGUAUCAACAAAUAUAAAAACAUAAUUUACUGAUGGACUUAGGCCAAGCAUAAUGUAUCUUGAUUAAAAUCUUAAUCCUCCUCCACCUUAGUAAGAUUAAGUUUUGAUAAAAAGCGGAGAAAAAGGUCUUUUCUAAAUACUUACAGCCUGUCCUAGUCAUUAUAACUUUGAAAACUAUUGGACAGCUAUUUCUAUUACUAUUGAUAUAUAAAGUGUUUAAGUGAAAACGCAAGCAAAUAAUGAGGCACAAGAAGUGGGAGAUGAAUAAAUUUCAGAGUCUAUUAAUGUUUAUUAUUUCUUUGUUUGUGAUGAAAAGUUUAGACCCGUUAAGUAUGCAGUAAGCCUUAAUAUAUUAGUAAUUGUACUUAGUAUUAUAGUUCUUGUAAUGGCUAUUUACUCUACACCUUUAAGUAUCUCUUCACUUUGCUAAACAAGACCUUAAAGUAAUUAAAUAAAUAAUAGUACAUACAGUUAGAUUUCAAAUUAACGUAAAUUUGAGAGGUAUGAGUUAAAAUACUAUCAUGCUUCUGUUUAUGCUGCACUAGUGAUCACAAUUGGAAUAUCUAAUAUAUAUAUAAAUCAUGACAGGCUUGAAAAAAUCAUGGAUAUAAUUAUGGCUAUAUUAACAAGCUUCUCAACUUGGUUUUUUACAAAUGAGCUUUAAUGCCACAGCAAAUGGAUUAAAAAAAGGGUUUAGAUAGUUUUUUUCACAAUUAAAUACUUUAAAUUUUAACUUAUGGACUUGAUUAGUUUAUGCUUUACAGCAAUCUUAGAGUUUCUAUGGCUUUACUUUGGAAAGACAUGGUACUUUAGUGAUAUUCUAGCUUUAUUCUUACUUGGUUCACUGAUGAAAUUUCUUAAAUUCAAAUCGUUAAAGUAGGCUUUCAUGUUUUUAUCUAUUUGCUUACUAGUGGAUGCAAUUGGUGCUUUGAUUGUUUAUUUCAAAGAAGACUUAAGCUAUGACAUUUUAUUUAUUAAUUAAUAUAAUGAGCCUUUCUUAAUAGCAAUAAGGAGUAUCAAUAUAAUAUAUGACAAAUAUUGUUCGUGGCUGCCUGUUACAGGUACAGCUUUCCCUGGUAUUUUAAUUAAUUACUGUUAUCGCUAUGAUAGAAGCUAUCAAAACUAUAACACUAGAGCUUUUACAUAUCUUGGAUUGUUUGGUUAUUUCUUCAGUUCAAUCAUAUACAUGAUUAUAGCUACUUUUAAUAUUCAUCAAUGGCCUUAUUCUACAGUUAAUUACCCUAUAAUGUGUCUCUUCAUACUGCUUUUUGCCUACAAAAGAAGCGAGCACUUAUACUUAUGGAAUGGCAGUUUCUACGAUGUUGUUGAAAUAGCUCAAUAAUUUGUAGAAGAUGGUACUGAUCGCUCAGCUUCAAAUGGAAUAGUGGAUCCAAGUGUAUUAUAUUCCGAUUUAUAGGUUCAAUCAGUCAGAAAUAGCGAGUCUUUAAGUUAGUAAGUUUAAUUGAUUACUGAACAUGAAAGAAUUUCAGGUUAAAGUAUUAAUUAGUGA